AUAUAUACACCGACACCAAGAAUAUAGGUCUCCGUGAAAAAUGGACGUCUUGCAAUUUGUGUUCGAUCUUGGUGUCUUGUUGUUUCACAUUUUGAAAUUCUACUGCUACUUUCUGUGGCGGUGCUUCGUCCCCCGCAGGAAGAAGACAGUCGUCGGCGAGGUGGUUGUGAUAACGGGGGCGGGGCAUGGCAUCGGGAAGGAGGUCGCCCUGAGACUAGGGAGACUCGGGGCGAAACUUGCACUCUUAGACAUAGGGAAGAAAGGAGUGGAUGAAGUAGCAGACGCUAUAAAUGAAUAUGGCGGUUUUGCACGUGCGUACGUGUGUGACGUCGCCAAUGACGUCAUGGUGUCCGAGGUUGCCCAGCGAGUUGAGGACGAGAUUGGUGAUGUUGGUGUCCUGAUCAACAAUGCUGGGAUUGCCCACUGUCAUGACCUUUUGACCUUGUCUAUGAAGAGGAUACAGUUGACGUUUGACGUCAAUAUUGUCGCUUAUAUGCGGAUGGUGAAAACCUUCCUACCCAAAAUGAUACACACUAACCGAGGUCACAUCGUCAACAUGGCAUCCACUGCGUCGUUUCGUGGCACCCCAUUUUUGGCAGACUAUUGCUCCACGAAAUUCGCCGUCCGGGGCUUCACAGAGGCGUUGAGAGAGGAAAUUAGGCUCCUUCACGGAAAGGACAUCAAGGUGACCUGCGUGUUUCCCUUAUUCGUGAACACUGGCAUUGUACCGCUCCAACGCAUGAAAGUCGGCAAGAUAGGGACCAUCUACAGCCCAGAGGAUGCAGCUGAUUUCAUCGUUGACGGGAUACUUCGCGAGGAGAAGGAAGUUUACAUACCAAAGUGGUUCAGAUUUCUAGCAACCCUAGCAGGGUGCCUACCGUACGGAAUAGUGAAGGUGAUAAGCGAUUUCUUUGGAGUUGGCGUCAGUGCAGACACGAAACAUACGCACCCGGAAUGAUUUGACAGACAAUAGGCAGGUUCCAUAUACGAAUAACGACGAACUACGAACAACGAAGGCCUCCUUGUGCCAAUGCAUUUACGUGACACUGUCUCGUGAAUCAUCUUCUAACUACAGGAAGCUUUAAGGAGACACACUCUUAAAAUGUAUUAGUAAAAACAACUAAUUUGGUAGUUGCUAUUGCACCAACUGUGAAAUUAGUAAAACCGAACCAUUAAUUAGCUGUUUCAACUGAAAAAGUAGUAAAAUCUAAAUAGUUUUAACUAUUUAAUUUUAGGAGUGCGGGAACUUUUCAAAAGAAGUCGUGCAUCAACUACCUACAUACGUUGUAUACGUAGCUCUUCGUACUAAGGGAUGCGAAAUCUGCCUCCGCUUGAAGCGACUGUCGGUCUUGGCUUUGAGGACUGUAUAUAUGGUGCUUUCUUUUGAAAAAUGUUUUGUUAAUUUGGCCCAAAACCGCUUUCAAUGGCCAAAAAGUCGCAUAUAAAAUCAAAAUGUAAUUUUCAAAUACAUGUAUGUACCUCAUUUGAUUUAUUGAUUCAACUCGUCGCAUCUUAACCAAACAAACUCGACGAUUGGCUCUAUACUGUGCAAGUCUGAGUUCGACCUGCAUGGUCCUGUCUCGUCCAAGACGCGGUCUCAGUUGUGUCUGGUCCCAUCUAAAAGUGGGUCAUCGUCUCUGAGACUACCUACUAACCUGGCUCAAUUAUGAUAAAAUAGAAGACACUGUGUCGUUCUUCCAAAGGACACCUGUCUAUUCACAGACAUUUCCCAGCAAAAAUCGAGAAAUCCGAAGCGAAACAGCUUUUGUGCCAAGGUGCCAUGUACUUAAAGUGCGUACGCGAAGGAAGGGGUCAAAACAUUGAGGCAAAUUUCGCGUACCACGCUGGAUGGGGGAGCAGUCAAACAUUUCUAAACUAGAUAAACUGCUCCGUGCGAUCUAUAUGCGUGCGAAUGGGUAGUAGGUCUACAGUCCAGCACUUUAAAAAAUUCGCUUUAGACUUUUCUUAUUUCUCGUUUAAGUCCUAUAUUUGCUUUACAAGUUGAUUUUCAUCACAAAUGUCAAAUAGAAUUCAAAUUUUUAGGUACACAAUUGUAAUUGUGCUAAUAACAUAUGGUAA